AUGGUGAUCGUCAACCUCCCCAGCCCAUCCACCUCCCCUCGCGCCGACAGCGUCCUCUCCUCCCCGCCCUCCCCCACCCUCCCGGGCGCCCGCCUCCGCGCCUCCGACGCCUCCCUCGCCCACACCACCGCCCUCCUCGACGCCACACUCGCCGAGCUCGCGAACACGACCCACACCGCGCGCGCGCUCCACGCCUCCCUCACGCACGCCACGCGCGCCCUCGCCACCGCCAAGUCCUCCGCCGCUGCGCAUGCGCACGCCGCCGCGACGCACCGCGCCGAGCGCGAGCUGGCGCUCGAACAGCUCGCGUGGACCGAGCGCGAGCUCGCCGUCGCAGAGGAGGCGCUUGGGUACGCCGCCCGCGAGAUCGUGCGGGGCCAGCGCGCUGUGUGGGCUCGCGCGGCGCGCGCGGUGGAAGACCGGCGGCAGGGGCGAGGGGAGAGGGACGGGCCUACGGAGCGCGGGUGCGCGCGGUGCGCGCGGGACACGUGGAGCUUCUUCCGCGCGCGCGCAUCGCACUUGGUACGCAGGGGGUCGACGCUGUCCGCCGCGUCGUCGACGACCGCGUGCGAGAACCCUUCGGGGAUUUCGGCGUCGUGGUCGGACGCGUCGGUGGUCUCCGUCUGGGCUGGCGAGGAGCGCGGUCGCGAGCUGCCUCGGAUGGCGCGCGAGGACUCCGCGGCGUCGCGGCUGUCGGGAAAGUUCAAGACGCUCUCGAAGUCGUUCUGGCGGAGGUCGACGCGCUCCGUCCCCGCGGUGCUGCGCACUCGUUGA